UUAACUUUCUUCUCUUAUUGUUUGCUACAGGAGUUUGAUCUUCGUUUUGCUGUCCCAUUUGGAUUUUAUCAUGCUGCACUUAACUUCGGGAUCUCUGCAGGACUAAUUUUUCCAUGGGGGACUGGAUUCUUGAACAAGCCCUCAUCUCUUCCAGAGCGGUUCUUCUUGGGUGGUGAUUUCUCUCCAGUUUGCACUGUGGGGGGCCCUACGACAGUGUGGGGAUUCAAGACAAGGGGACUAGGACCUACUGAACCAAGAAGGCAUGUCACAGAUAAUUCCAGUGAUGAGAAUUCAGAAUCCUCUGGAAGAGAUUCUAUUGGAGGAGAUCUUGCUGUUUCUGCGUUUGCAGACAUUUCAUUUGAUCUUCCACUUCGCUGGUUAAAAGAACAUGGGGUCCAUGGACAUAUUUUCGCAGGUGCCGGAAAUCUCGCAAAAUUGACUGAGAACGAGUUCCGGAACUUUUCUGUCCCGAAGUUCCUUCAGUCAUUUCGAAGCUCUGUAGGAGCUGGGGUUGUUAUCCCUACAAAAUUCUUCCGCCUUGAGUGCAACUACUACUAUAUACUGAAGCAAUUUGAGCAUGACCGUGGGAAGACUGGCUUUCGCUUUAGCAUCUCAGCUCCAUCAUAGAAUCUGGGAUUCUUUUUUUCUUAUGAUAUUUAAUGUUCGGCUAAACUUGAGGUGACACAAAGCAUGUCGUUUCAGGUAUCUGAGGUUUUUUUUUUCUUCCGGAUUGACAGCUCCGCUUGUUUGCUUAGAAUAUGAGUUGAGACAGCUUUACAAUUUUUCUUUGUACUUUCAACUUUAAACUAAAAUUUCAGGAAGCAUGGUGCUUUAUGCUGCACAUAUGGAGGAAAUAACAUGAGAUUUCAGGUGCCGGAAUAUAUAUUGGCUGCAUUUGAUUAAGACUGCUAGAAAAUCCUGGAAUCGUCUGAUAUUCCAACGAAUUUUUUUCAUACAAUUUAUUUCUCGCCUGUACGUUGAUCCUUAUCUUGCCAAAGUAUGUUGAAUAUAUUGCCUGUUGACAUCUUCUAUUGCUCGUCACUU